GAAUACGCGGGCUUACAUGGCGUUGCCUUUCGUGUCGACUUGUUCUCUCAUUCUCCCGAUGUUUUUAUAUCCAAAUUUUUAGUUAAGGGCCAGAGAAUUAUCUAGUUUUACCAAUAUGGCGAAAGUAAGAUCAAACCUCAAGUACAUUGAAGUUGAAAAUUUCAAAUCGUACCAAGGUUUUCAACGUAUUGGUCCUCUGAAGAACUUUUCGGCUGUAAUUGGCCCAAAUGGAUCAGGGAAAUCUAAUUUCAUGGACGCUGUUAGCUUUGUUAUGGGCGAAAAGACUCAAACACUCAGAGUAAAACGGCUCAGUGAUCUCAUUCAUGGAGCAUCUAUAAAUAAACCUGUGUCUCGGUCUGCUAUGGUUGCUGCUAUUUUUGAGUUGGAAGAUGGAACAGAACUCAAAUUUACUAGAAUUGUCCAAGGCUCUUCGUCUGAACAUAGAUUUAAUGGAGAGAUGGUAAACCCCCAACGAUACUUCACAGAGUUGGAGAAGUUAGGCAUCAAUGUAAAGGCCAAAAACUUUUUAGUUUUCCAAGGAGCGGUUGAAAACAUUGCUAUGAAGAAUCCCAAGGAAAGAACAGCUCUUUUCGAAGAAAUCUCAGGUUCUGGAGCUUUGAAAGAAGACUAUGACAGACUGAAAGCUGAAAUGUUGAAGGCUGAAGAAGAUACACAGUUUACUUUACAAAAGAAAAAGGGUAUUGCUGCUGAAAGGAAAGAAGCAAGGAUGGAAAAAGAAGAAGCAGAAAAAUAUCAAAAAUUGCGGGAAGACUUGGCCGAACAGCAGAUUGUACUUUACCUAUUCAAACUGUAUCAUUGUGAACAAGAUAUCAAAACUUGCAGGGAAGACAUUGCCAAAAAACAACAAGAACUUGGAAAGAUUGAGAGGCGCAAAGAAAAAGCCGAUGAGAUCUUAAAAGAGAAGAAAAAGGAGCACACGAGAAUUGGAAGAGAACUUGCAAAGAUGGAACAAGACAUACGUGAAAUUGAAUCAGAAAUUAAUAAAAAACGCCCAACCUUUAUCAAAGCCAAAGAACGAGUGACACAUAUGCAAAAAAAGUUAGAAGCGGCGCAGAAAUCGCUUACUCAAGCAAGAAAAGCCAAUGAUGCCCAUGCAGAGGAUAUUGAGCAACUUGAAAAAGAGUUGUCGGAAGUGGACAAGCGAAGAGAAGAAUAUGAGGCCGAGUUGCAAUCGGAGAGCCAAAGUCAGGGUCGCAGCGUUCACUUGGAGGAAGAACAAGUUGCUCAGUACCAUCGUUUAAAGGAAGAGGCGGGAAGACAAUCGGCGCGUUACCUGCAAGAACUCGAUUCGGUGAAUCGCGAGCAAAAGUCAGAUCAAGAUCGAUUGGACAACGAGUCCCGUGUCCGUGGUGAAAUCGAAAACCAAUUGCGUCAGCGGCAACACGAGCUCGAAGAGACGCAAAAACGCUCUGACAAGUUAAUGGAACAUAUUCGAACGACUGAAACGGCUCUAGAAGAACAGAUGAAACUGCAGGGUGAUUUAACGAACGAAGUCGAGCAGUCCAAGAACCAGAUCGAUACGCUACAAAGCAAACUAGAUGGAAUCUCGAAAAAUUUAGGUGAAGCCAAAGUCGACAAACAUGAAGACGCGCGUCGCCGCAAAAAGCAAGAAAUUGUCGAGAAUUUUAAGCGUCUCUAUCGCGGUGUUUAUGAUCGAAUCAUUAACAUGUGUCAUCCGGUUCACCAACGUUUCAACAUACCCGUAACCAAGCUACUAGGUAAAUAUAUGGAAGCCAUCGUAGUCGAUACUGAAGAAACAGCUCGAAACUGCAUUCAAUAUCUCAAAGAACAAAUGUUGGAACCGGAAACAUUCCUCCCACUUAACUAUUUAAAGGCGAAACCUUUGAAGGAGCGACUACGUGUCAUCAGGGACCCACCGAACGUCCGUUUGCUUUACGAUGUGUUGCAGUACGACCCACCCGAAAUCAAAAAGGCUGUUUUGUUUGUGACUAAUAACGCAUUGGUGUGCGACACCCAAGAAGAUGCUAUGAAAGUAGCUUACGAUUUGGGGGAUGGUGAUCGCUAUGAUGCCGUAGCUCUUGAUGGCACAUUUUACCAGAAGUCUGGUCUUAUUUCCGGUGGCUCUCGGGAUCUGGAGAAGAAAGCUGCGCGAUGGAAUGAUAAACAGCUCAGUGCCUUGAAAUCCAACAAAGAAAAGCUUAGUGAAGAGCUGCGCGAGGCAAUGAAGAAAUCACGGAAGGAAUCUGAAUUGCACACGGUCAAUUGUACCGUCAAAGGUUUGGAUUCUAGGCUCCGCUACGCAUUGUCGGAUCGAGAGAAAACCGCAAAACAGAUAGAACAGUCACAGGGAGAAAUAGCAAAACUGGAAGUACAGUUGAGAAAUUUCGCCCCGGCCACUGAUGAAAUCGAAAAAAUCAUGCGAGAGAGAGAUUUGUUAAUCCAAAAUGUCAAGGAACGCAUGAACCGUGUGGAAGAUACCGUUUUUGCUGAAUUUUGCUCCCAGAUUGGUGUGGCCAACAUCCGACAGUAUGAAGAGCGGGAACUCAGGACCCAACAAGAGCGAGCCAAGAAACGUCUAGAAUUUGAGAACCAGAAGAAUCGUAUACUCAACCAGCUUGAAUUCGAGCGCUCCCGAGACACACAGACUAACGUGGAACGAUGGGAAAGAUCUGUCAGUGACGAUGAAGAAGAACUAGAAAGGGCCAAACAGGCUGAACAAAAACAAAUGAGUGAAAUCGACAAGGAAAUGCGGAAAUUGGAUGACAUUAAAUCAACGCGAAUGUCAAAAAAGAACGAUCUUGACAAUAUGGAAGAAGACAUGGCUUUGGCUCGACGAGACAUGGGAACUGUGGCCAAAGACUUGCAAAAUGUCCAAAAAUCAAUAACUAGUAUGGAAGCAAAAAUUGAUCAAAAAAGAAGCGAAAGACACGGCAUUUUAAAGCAAUCUAAGAUGGAAGAUAUUAUUAUUCCAAUGUCGCGUGGCAACAUGGAAGACAUAGAGCAAGAUGGCAAUAUAACAGAAAGUAUGAAUUCCGAGUCGGUGACAACAGCAGGAAACGAUUCGCUCAGCACUGUGGCUAAUUCGCAAACUAUAUACGAACGAGAAGAGAGAAUUGUUAUUGAUUACUCUGACCUACCCGAUAAGUACAAAGACCUCUUUGAAUCGGACGAGGUGCGCCGCGAAGGGGACCGCCUACAGCGUCAUGUAAAUGAGUUGAACAACACCAUUCAGCGGAUUCAAGCUCCGAAUAUGCGAGCUAUGCAAAAAUUGGAUUUAGCGAGAGAAAAGUUACAUGAGACAAAUGAAGAGUUCGAGAAGGCUCGUGUGAAAACCAAAAAAGCUAAACAGGCGUUCGAGAGGGUAAAGAAGGAGCGCUUCGAUCUCUUCAUGUCCUGUUUUGAACACGUUUCCAACGAAAUCGAUGGCAUUUAUAAGUCAUUGGCUAAGAACCAGUCUGCCCAAGCAUUUUUAGGUCCCGAAAAUCCCGAAGAACCGUAUCUUGAUGGAAUCAAUUACAAUUGUGUCGCUCCAGGCAAACGUUUCCAGCCAAUGUCCAAUCUUUCCGGAGGUGAAAAGACCGUCGCUGCUUUGGCUCUGCUUUUCGCCAUCCACAGCUAUCAGCCGGCGCCCUUUUUUGUAUUGGAUGAGAUCGACGCUGCCCUGGAUAACACGAAUAUCAGUAAAGUAGCUGGGUUCAUCCGGACUCAAACAGCCAAUUUGCAGACUAUCGUCAUUUCUUUAAAAGAAGAAUUCUAUAGCCAUGCUGAUGCACUUAUUGGAGUUUGUCCCGACCCUGGAGAGUGUCUCAUCAGCAAGAUGCUCCUUCUGGAUCUUACUCAAUAUCCGCCGCACCAGUUUGAAGAAACACAACGUUUAUGAGUUUCUUUUCCUUUUUUACAUUAAGUGUUUUAAGCGUAUUUUUAGCCAUGUUGUGCAUUUUGUUUUAUUCAGCGUGAAACUAAUUUUAAAGUGCAUUCCUUUUAAAUACAUAUAUGUUCUCAUUUA